UGUGAUGCUACAAGCAGUUGAAAUCAUCCGCGGAACAAACAGGCAGAGAACCAAGGGAACAUUUCAGUGCAGUCCAUCGUAUAACGCUUCUCGUGUUAUCGUAACGCUGUUAAGCCGCUAUCUGUAACGCGUGCAGUUUCUAUAGACAAGUAAAACUCAGACAUUUAUUGAACGGAAAGUUCGGCUGCUAAUUAACUAAAAUAAUAUUCCUACAGUAAAAAUUCUCCCACAGCGAGUGAAUUUUCUUGAGGACGUCAUCGCAACGACUUGAAGAAAUGAAAAUUCUACAGACACUCUCGCUUCUUCUGAUUCUCACUGGAUCAACCCUACUUACGAAAGUAGCAUCGGCCAAGAAAGAUGCCAGUGAAAUUAAAUUCGUACCGACUGUGCCGCCUGAAGACAUCAAACCGUCUCCUCGUGUCGGUCGCCAGUCAUAUGCGCUGUAUACUCCACCAAGCAACACAAAGUAUCAAUAUCACUUCGUCCCAGUGACUGAAUUAGCCAAUGGAGAAGCAGUAUCAGAACAGGAUGGGCAUGACGCUCAUUACAUAACCCAAGUACAAGAACAUUAUAAAAACCUUCCGCAGAAACAACAGCAACAAAUUUUAGCUGCCUUUCGAGCAUCCAAACAGCCAAAAUCUCCCGUGUACCACGCAACGCCUCUGGAGCCAUAUGGCGCUUUGCUGAAGCACGCGUCAGGAGGCCAGUAUGACCAGAAGACAGUUCUGGUGACGCCAAAACCAAUUUCUGAACAGCUUCAUGGUGACCAGUCUGGAGACGAACAUUCAUCUGGAGGUCACGCUUACUACACAAAUAGCAAUAACGCUGUGGGGACGCACACAGAGGCACUAAUUCCGGAGUCGAAAUAUGUACCUCUUGUGCACAAGUCUAUCCACCAGCAAUACGACGACGAACACGAGGAGCCCAAAAACUAUGCUGCAAAGUACCAGUUUGGGUAUCAGGUUCGAGACCCGAAACAUGGCACAUUUUUCGGUCACGCGGAAGCUCGUGAUGGACAUCAUACUAAAGGUCACUAUCACGUGUUGCUACCUGACGGGAGACUGCAAAACGUGCAAUACUGGGCAGAUCUGAGUGGCUACCAUGCACAAGUCUCCUACAAUACAGUAGCGAAACAUGCAGCAGUCCAGUAUCACUAAUCGAAUCUUCACACGGUUUCUAAAAUUCUGUCCAGAUUUGACCUUCUCACAGAGCUGAAGAAGAUGUCGCUAUUGAGUUGUAACGCAGUGCGAACUUGUGGGUGGAUACUAACGUUUUGUAGAGCAUAUUACCUCCAUCUGCAGCCUCGAAUGUAGAGACUGUUUUUCAGAAACGUCGUUAUCAACAUAAAAAGUCCACAAGGCGUUACAAUCCAAAAGACCAAUAUCGACGUCUCUCAGUACCUCAUUACCAGCAGACACGUGUCACAAAGAUGACAAUUCUGAUUAUAAUCUUACGGCGUUACAACCAAGAAGACUAACAUUGACAUCUUCAUCGCAGCGAGAACCACAAAUAUAAUUUCAUAAAUCGUUAUCAUUUAGUAUUAAUUACAGCAGAUAAUUCUAUUGGGAUAUGUGCAAUACUGAGUCGAUCUCAAGACAGUAAUUUAUCUACAAAUGCAAUUAUAUGAGUUAAACUUAGUCCCAACUGCAUAAUCAGAUAUAUUUGUUAUUUUGUUAAAAUAUAUUCUAGCAUUAUGUAAGGUCUAUUCAGUGUAUCCAUAGUCAUUAAAUGUGCAAUAUUGUUAUAUUUUAUAUAAUUUUGUAUUAUUCUAUGAUAUUGUUAAUAAAUGAAAGUUGUUGAAAAAUGCUUCAUAAACAAGAAA